UCGUUUAAAUCCCUAGGAACAAAAGAAUACCAAAUUAACUUGAACAUCUGGAAGCCAUUUUGAAUUUUGGACGUCGCAGAACUCACAUCUGCGAUAUGAAGCAGAAGAAAAGGAAAACGAUUAUGAUGAUUUAAAGAGUGAAAAUGAAGCCUGAAAACGAGCGGAAGUUGUGGAGGAACUGGAUGUUCCUGAAACAGGAACUUCCGGUUCCGGAAAUAACGGAUAAAAUGAUAGCGGCCGGAGUGUUUACGGAGGAAAACAAGAACGAUAUUAAUAAUGUGAAGCCCAACACUAAACUAAUGAGAGCGGAGAAGUUUCUAAACAUUCUUCUGGAGACUGGUGACGAAGGGUAUGAGAUAUUUUGUAAGAUUCUCAGCAAUGAUUCCUCGGGGAAAUUUGAAGAAAUCAACGAGAAAAUGGAUAUUGUUGAAAAGCCAAAAGCUGUUUCUGCGGGUCGAGAAGACUCCUGUACAAGCCCUGCGGCCGCAGUUGGAUCAGAAGAGCAGAUUGUAAAUGAGGAACCAGAGAAAAAUCCUCCACCUGCCCACAGCAGGAGUACAUCAUCUGUUUCCCGCACUAAUACAAACGUGUCGUCUGCUCCUGAUCCUGUUGUGGCUGCGGAGUCGGUGCACGCAGCUGCAGCUGCCAUGGCAAAUGUUGCUGCAGAAAAUGCCAGCGUGGACAUGAAAACUCUAGAGACUGAACUCGUGCGCAUUGCACCAACAAUUGCCGAACUCUUCCAAAAAAUUGUUCAAACCACACAACACAGCAAUCCAUCUUGGGAUGAACUGCAGCGAGUGAAGGCAGACAAUGAGAGACUAAGAAAAAUGAACCGAGCUCUCAUUGAAAAACUAAACACGUUUCAAAAACAGAUUAUUCAGCUUCAGUUGGAGAACAAGAAACUUCGCGACAGCGGUGUCUGCGAAACUGAGAGUAAGGCUGACCUGGACAAGAAAGCAGAAGAGUUGGAUGAACUGAAGCAGAAGUUAGAGCAACAGAAGCAGCAGCUCAUCGAAAAAGACGAGGAGUUGAACGAACAGCUCAAGAAGAUAAGAGACAUCGAGGACGAAAACGAGCGACAGAAGGUACAGAUUCUGAAACUAGAGGUCCUACAUGACGAAGGGGUUAGUGAAAGAACUCGCCAGCAAAUUCAAAUCAUUGAGCUUCGAGAUGAAAAAGAAAAACAAAGACAAAAGAUUGACCAUCUAGAAGAUAUGCAGAGGAAAGACGAGGAACGGUUAGAGCGUCUAGAGGCGCGCCUCCGGCUGUUGGAACAGCUUUCACCAGUCUCAAACCACCGGAACUCGGUCUAUGGAGGUAACGCCCGGCGUCGAAGCACACGAGUCGUGUCUCCGCCGCGUUCGAUGCCAUGGAUGAGCGGGGUCGUGAAUCGUUCUCAUCACGCCAACGUGAAGUUCACGCCGCCACCUCCCAGGGGUGGAAAAGCGCAAGAAAAGGGAUGGUCAUUUUGAGCAAAAGCGCAAAAAAUGCGAAAAACGUAACCUAUCAACGGUGAAAAGAUCGAAACUAUUGCUGCUUUGAAUCUUGAAAUGUGUACACAAUAACUGCCUCUUUUUAUAUAUACUAGAUUAUAUGCUUUAAACUUGAGGCAGCAAAUUGGAUAUUUUUCAGCCAUUGGCAUCGUUAAACACCAUUGUUUCUCACUGAUUUAAAAUUCCUUCACGUCCUAUUGGCACGUUCAACUAUUACAAUGUAUCAUUCUGGAACCGUUUGAAACCAUUGCACGGAAGUUUGAAGGUCAUUCCAAUGACAAACUGUACAGAGGAUCCUUUGUUAAUUAUUCGUUUAUCAUGUUACAUCGUAUAUUUUAAAUAAAAAUCUUAAU